CGCGCGCCCCAGCGCCUCUGCCGAGUGUCGGCUGGGCCUGAAGGCUUCUACGAUCCGGCCUGUGGGUGCCCUGCUCCGGUGGCCACGCCGCCGCACCCCUUUCUCUCUCUCUGCCCCGGCCACUCUCUUCCCCUUCGUAAUCCACCACCCCCUCCCCCGUACCCACACCACCACCACCACCACCGGUCGGCGUGCCUGGGUGCCACCAGCUCGCCUGACAGUCGUGGGGGAGCUGGAGCCCAGGUUCAACAGCUCGACGGUGGGUGCCACAAGCAAGCCUCAGAAAAUGUCAGGCAUCCUCCGGGAACUGCUUCGGCUCUCCGAGAAAGCCGCCAACAUCGCCCGGGCGUGCAGGCAGCAGGAGGCCCUCUUCCAGCUGCUCAUCGAAGAGAAGAAAGCCGGGGAGAAGAACAAGAAGUUCGCGGUGGAUUUCAAGACCCUCGCCGAUGUCCUGGUACAGGAGGUUAUAAAGCAGAAUAUGGACAGCAAGUUUCCAGGACUGGGGAAGAAAAUUUUUGGAGAAGAAUCCAAUGAAUUUACUAAUGAUUUAGGGGAAAAGAUUACCAUGGAACUGUGUUCAACAGAGGAAGCAACUGCAGAGCUGCUCAGCAGAGUCCUUAAUGGCAACAAGUCAGCCUCGGACGCUCUAGCUAGGGUGGUGCAUGAAGACGUUGCCUUUUCUGACCCGACCCUGGAUUCCCUGGAGAUCAGCAUCCCACAGGACAUUCUAGGAAUCUGGGUGGAUCCCAUAGAUUCAACUUAUCAGUAUAUUAAAGGUUCUGCUGAUGUUAAACCAAACCAAGGUGUUUUCCCAAGCGGACUUCAGUGUGUAACCAUUUUAAUUGGUGUCUAUGACAUACAGACAGGCAUGCCUCUGAUGGGAGUUAUCAACCAACCUUUUGUGACUCAAGACCUAAAUACACUCAGAUGGAAAGGACAGUGCUACUGGGGCCUUUCCUACAUGGGGACCAACGUCCAUUCCCUUCAGCUGGACAUCUCUGAAAGAACCAGCACAGAGACGCAGGCGGACAAGGCCAGCCCCGACGCGGAAUCCUCGCGCCCCUUUUCGGCCGUCAUUAGUACAAGCGAAAAGGAAACUAUCAAAGCCGCAUUGUCACGCGUGUGUGGAGGUAGCAUCUUCCGCGCAGCUGGGGCUGGCUACAAAAGCCUCUGUGUUGUCCAGGGCCUUGUUGACAUUUACAUCUUUUCAGAGGACACCACGUACAAGUGGGACGUUUGUGCUGCUCACGCCAUCCUGAGGGCCAUGGGUGGGGGCGUGGUGGACAUGAAAGCGUGCUUGCAGAGAAGUGGCGACGCAGGGCGGGCCCUGCCGCAGUUGCUGUACCACGCGGAGAACGAAGGCGCGGCUGGGGUGGAUCGCUGGGCCAACCAGGGAGGACUGAUCGCAUACAGAUCCACGAGGCGGCUGGAGGCGUUCCUGAGCCACCUUACCCAAAACCUUGCCUCCCUGGAGACACCGACUUAGUACUCUGACAUCAAUGUAGCCUUAAGCGAAACAGAAGCUGUCUGCCAUUAUCUCUAUCUGUUGAAGAUAGUUUUGUCUUAUUGGUGGUUCAUAUUCACUCUCCUCUUUUGAGGAGCAUUUUCCAUUAUGUGUUCAUGAUGUUUAUUUCAAUAAAUUACUUGUGUUCAUGCAGCAAUUAAAA